AUGGAGAGAGCGUUAGUAAAUACAACUUUCAGAUUGAACUACAUUCUCUCCAUAGACGGAACGACUCUGGAAGAGCUUCGAGAGCCUGAGAAUUUGACUUUGCUGAAAACCCUGAUAGUUGACGAGUUGAAAAAAUACGAACUAAGCUUAACAUCCCGAUCCAGCAGGCUGCCAUUGAGUGAACAACUUGAUCAGGAAGUAGAAAUAUCUCCGAAGACAGUGCAAGUAAGUUUAAACAGACAGGAGAUUGGUGGGUACAAUGUUCUGUAUUUAUCCAUCGUAUGUCGUGGAGUGAUUAAACGUCAGGUAGUCAUUCUGGUAAUGAACCCACAAAAACGUGGAGUUAUAGCACUAAGUCGAUGUGAUACUAGGUAUCUGGGAUUGAUAUGGUCACACCUUACAUCAAAGAUGGGUCAGAUAGUCAGACCCAUGGAUAUCACUUCGGUUUUCAUGACAGAAUUGUUUGACAAGAGCAUGCAGGAAAUACCUUCUUCAAACAUUUUCAACAUUGUGGGCAGUCUGCAUUUAAAUUUUACUGUCGAAACGCUAGGCAACUCUUUGAAAAAUAUCAUUAUAGACAUUCCAGGAGAUGUGCUUGAAAAGUGUGACUCAAAAUCUUAUGUGCAAGAUAUAUAUUCAAGACUACGAAAGCAGCUGGGUAUAGAUUUGUCACAAUUAGAACUGACAACAAUCCGUUCAAACAUAUUCAUGAUUACAAAUACCGGGAGAAUAAGAUUUAACCAAGGAACUAGCCUGGAUUCCUCGGAUAAGGAUACAGUGGCUGUUUGGACUAUGAUUGAUCAAUUAUAUACAUAUGCAGAACGACUCACAGCUAUACCUAUCCCUGUUUGA